GGGGGCCACUUCAGAGCGGAGCUUGGAAGGAUGCGGACGGAGGGGCUCCCGCUGCUGCUGCUGGUCUUGCUGCUGUCGGGGCGGGGAGCGAUGGGGAGCGAGCGCUGCCCGGCGCGGUGCGACGUGUCCCGCUGCCCGAGCCCCGGCUGCCCGAGCGGCUACGUCCCGGACGGCUGCAACUGCUGCCUGGUGUGCGCGGCGGGCGAGGGCGAGCCGUGCGGCCGGGCGGAGGACCCUCCGUGCGGGGAGAGCCUCCAGUGCCGCCUCGCCUCCGACCAAGGCCCCCCGGGCACCUGCCAGUGCAAGCUCAGCGGCGCCGUCUGCGGCACCGACGGCAGGAGCUACGCCAACGCCUGCCGCCUCAAGACCGCCCAGCGCCAGGCGCUCCAGAGGGGGCUGCCCCCGGUACGCCAGGCCCAGAAGGGCGCCUGCAGAGCCGGUCAUCCACAGCCAAACAGCCCAAGGUUUAAGUUUAACUUCAUUGCAGAUGUGGUGGAGAAGAUUGCACCAGCAGUUGUCCAUAUUGAACUUUUCCUAAGGCACCCUCUGUUUGGUCGAGUUCCUCUUUCUAGUGGAUCUGGGUUUAUUAUGUCGGAUACAGGUUUAAUUGUGACCAUGCCCAUGUUGUGUCUAGCACUAGUACCCGCGACUGGACGGCAGCAGUUAAAAGUGCAGCUACAAGAUGGAGCACUUAUGAAGCAAAAAUCAAAGACAUUGAUAGAAGAUGGUGAAGUGAUUGGCAUCAAUACUUUGAAAGUUACUGCUGGGAUUUCCUUUGCUAUUCCUUCUGAUCGUAUUGCCCGAUUCCUCUCAGAGAAUUAUGACAAACAAGAUGGGAAGAAAAGAUUUAUUGGCAUAAGGAUGCUGACAAUCACACCCGUACUAGUGGAAGAACUUAAGCUUAAUAAUCCAGAUUUUCCAGAUGUCACUAGUGGAAUUUAUGUCCAUGAAGUUGUUCCAAAUUCACCAUCACAGAGAGGUGGGAUUCAAGAUGGUGAUAUCAUUGUUAAGGUUAAUGGACGGCCACUGAAGACUUCUGCUGACCUACAAGAGGCAGUGAUGAAUGAAUCGCCUCUACUACUUGAAGUUAGAAGAGGAAACGAUGAUUUAUUAUUUAACAUAGAACCUGAAGUACUUAAGUAAACAAAGCUGAAGAACAUCAUUGUGACACAACGAAACUCAUUUAUUCUAAAACUUCAGAUACCUCCUUUAACAGUGACAGUAAUUAUGCCUUAUCGUGACUAAUGGCAAGUUGAACUAAUUUAAAUGCCUGAGCCAAUGAUGUGCCUCAUAGUCAACAAUGAACAGGGCUCCAACAUCACUACUUCAUAUUUCAAGUCAUUGCAGAGUUAUGGGAGUUUUGCCUAUUUUAUUUUAUGUAGUUUUAUGACUGUUGUAUAUGAAUGAAGCAUAGAUUGGGCACCAUUCUUGUGGUUUAAACAAAAUAUUUAUGCUUAAUUAGGAUUAGGUACUAAGCAGCUAAAUACAGCUUCUGUCUACAAAUACACUUUGGGAUUAAUCCGCCUACUCCACCCAAACCUUUGUAUGGUUUACACAGCUAGAUUUUUGGCUCUUACAUGGUUGGUAAGUAGCAGCAUUAUGCCCGUUUGAUCCAAAGCUGAACUCUUGGCAAUCUAAAGUUUAAAUGUGAAGUAGUGUAUUUGUUUUGCAGAGUCUUUAGUUACAUGUGAACAGAACUGAGAAAUUAUUAUUCUCAAAAGGAAGAAGAGUGAUAACCCCAGAGAGUGGGUAACAAGAACAAUAAUCCUUACCUCUGCAUUAUUUGUAUGCUGGUGCCAAAUCUGUGUCUCUGUAGAUGAGUGUACAAAAGGGAAUGAAAUACACCUUGAGCCUCAGAUGUUUACAAGGAAAAUGUGCUUUCUAAAAAAACUUCUCUUCACAGGAAACACCCCACUCUCUCGAAACUAAUAUUGUGAUGCCCCAUUUGACACCCCUGAACUCACACCUAUCUCCAGCCAUUAGUAGAAAACAGCCAAUGCCAGAAUGUUUGCACCAAAUAUUUCAAACCCAAUGAAAAAUAGGGAGAAAGAGUUUAUCUACGUACUUCUCUUGGUGAUAGAAUCCCUCUCUAGGUCAGAAUCUGUUAAUUCUCCUUGAGGGUACAGGGUGAAUUUACAUGGGUGGGCUUCAGUAUUGCUGCUUUAUACUUUCUGAAGCUAAAAGUGCAGCUGAGUGUUUAAGUGAGAUUAAGGAUUCAUUGUUGUGAGUUUUGUGUGUGAAUAAAAUGAAUUGUACAUCUUAGUGGAGUUAAGUAAGGGGAGUGUGUGAAAAUGUCAAGAAAUAUGCUUUGUAAACAGAUUGAGCAGUUGUUGGGAGAAGGUUCAGUCUGUCAUCAUAAUACCAAAAACAUUCAAAGUGGAAGGCAGAUCCUUCUUCAUGACUGCUUCUUCUGGCAUCCAUUGCUGGAGCUGAAUUGCCAUCUCCAAGGCCAGCUUAUUAUGUUUAGUACAAUACCCCUAUCUUUUCCAAAAAAUCAGUUUUAGGUCCAGUUGAACAAGAAAGUAGUAUGCUGUGAGGAGACAAGGGGAACAGCAUGGCUGUUAUGGAUAGGUGAGUAGGAGGGCCAGCUGUUUUGG